AUGGCGCCUCUCAAUCCUUGUAGCAUUCUCCUCUCUCUCUUCAUCUUCACCCUUUCCCACCACCAAACCCUCUCUUCCUCGACCCCGGCCCCGAACACCUUCCAGCUUAGCCCCCGCGACCUCGGAUCAGCCGGGUCGGCGCCGCGAGCCAUCCCGCUCAUUCGGAGACACUCUGAGCAGCUUCUCCGGAAGCGGAGCCCCCACCUUGUCAGGGACUACGCGCUAAGACAGGCCGACGUGCUCAUCAACAAAUAUCCUCACCUCUCUCGCGGCUCUGCCGUCACCGGCGAUGCGCCCCUCCUCAGGGCUAGAGACCCCUCUGCAGCUGCCCUCACCAAUGGAUAUGCAGAUUCAGAGUACUACGGCGUCAUUUAUGUCGGCACACCUCCCCGGCCGUUCAAUGUCAUUCUCGACACGGGCUCUUCGGAUCUAUGGCUAAUUGGCCAGGGAGCUUCCUCAUCCUCCUCCCACUCGGGGAGUGGGAUUUCCAGCAUCGGCUCUCCUACCGCCGGCUCAAGUGCUACUGGAUCCCCCUUCUCGCCCUCGAGCUCUAGCUCAUUCCAGUCGCAUUCCAACUCGUUCCAGAUUACCUAUGGCUCAGGAUCCGCCUCCGGCGCAGUCGGUACCGAUACUAUCACACAGGGCUCAUACACUGUUACUAACCAGGCCUUCGCCGUGGUCAACAAGGCCACAUCGGGUCUUCUGUCUGGUGACGUCUCUGGCAUCAUGGGCAUGGCCUUCCAGUCGUUGGCUUCCACUAGCUCAUCUCCGUUCUGGCAAUCAGCCAAGAUUGAUACAUUUGCCUUUGGUAUCUCCCGGUUCGUCAACAUAUCCACUGCCACCGAUGUCGAGCCCGGAGGAAUAAUGACCCUGGGAGGGGUUAACAACACUCUUUUCCAGGGAGAUGUGAACUACAUCAGUCUCAAAUCCCAGUCCUACUGGCUUAUCGCCAUGGACAGCGUCUCGAUCAACGGACAGGUGCUCACCGGAAGUCAGAGUAAUGCGGUCGCUAUCGACACUGGAACUUCAUUGAUCGGAGCUCCUACAGCGAUUGUCGCCGCUGUCUAUGCACAGAUUCCCGGUGCUCGGGCUGCAACUGGCUCGUACCAAGGUUAUUACCAGUUUCCAUGCAGCGCAAACCCAGUCUUGACGCUUACUUUUGGAGGGAAGCCGUACCCGAUUGCACCAGAUGACUUCAACGUGGGCGCUGUGGACUCGGAUGGGAAGAUGUGUUUGGGGUCGAUCUUCGCCGUAGAGUCGUCGUCGAGCUCUUCGACUACCAAGUCAAGCAGCUCGCCCGCCUGGAUCAUUGGAGACAGUUUCCUGAAGAACGUGUACACCGUCUUCCACGCCGCCGGUGACGGUGGUCCGGCUGUCGGCUUCGCUACCCCCGCCAACGGAUACCAGGACCUCCUUCGCUCCGCUGGCACCGCUAACGGUGGCGGUGUCACUAGUAACGGCGGCACGACUACCAACGCUAGACACUCUCCUGCACCACCUCGAGCCAUCCCUAGUUUUCUUUCCCUCCUCCUCACUUUUGCUCUCAUCACAUGGACUCUAUCCUAA